UUGGAUUCUAAUCGAGUAUACCGUAGUUCUCUUAGUGAACAAAAAAGAGUGAAACUUUCAGCUAUCUCCAGCCCUCGGGGGAUAUAAGGUGAGUUUUGAAAACAGCCAAGGCUUGAGGAGCUCGACCGACAGAAUGAUAACAUUUUUGAUAACAAAGACAAUAUACCCUGCUUCAAAAUAAUGUGGCAAUUUUUCAGCUGUGCCCCCAGCUGGAUCGAAAUGGUCAAAUAUAUGAUCUACUUCCACAGAGCUGACCCGUCUAUCGACUACCUAGUCGAUGAAGGCUAUUAAACGAUAAUCAGGAUAUUUGCGGCGGGUGAACUUGUCGUAGUGUCAAUGACUGCAUAGGUCAUAACAGCCUCGCACAAAUACACCCAAGCCACGGACUGGUAGAUGUUUAACUGGAAGGAGAGGGAUUGGUAGGAGAUGGACUUGCACAAGAUGGAGUGGUAGGAGACGGGCUCGUAGGGCCGGUAGUGCUUGAAGUGGUCCUGCUUGUGAUUGGCGGGCAAGUGCAGUCCUUAGUAGUAUUCAGAUGGCAAUGACCUCGACCAUAUUCGAAGUUCUGGCAGUAGUCCCCGCGACUGUCACAGUCAGGAGAUCUACAAUCUCGCUUUCCAGGAUCUGGUCCGGCCGUGAUAUCACAAUAGCAAGGUUGGUGAAUAUGCAAGAAUGCCCAUGGGGAGUCGGGGUUGUGGUACUUGUCGGGGCCGACCCUGUGGUGGUCGAUAACGCGCCCGUUGUAGUGCUGCAAGGAGCGGCGGUAGUCGUGGAUGUGGUCGGCCCUGGAGCAGUCGUCGGACCCGUUGUAGUGCUGCCAGGGGCAGUCGAUGGACCCGUUGUAGUGCUGCAAGGAGCGGCGGUAGUCGUGGAUGUGGUCGGCCCUGGAGCAGUCGUCGGACCCGUUGUAGUGCUGCCAGGGGCAGUCGAUGGACCCGUUGUAGUGCUGCAAGGAGCGGCGGUAGUCGUGGAUGUGGUCGGCCCUGGAGCAGUCGUCGGACCCGUUGUAGUGCUGCCAGGGGCAGUCGAUGGACCCGUUGUAGUGCUGCAAGGAGAUGGAGUGGAGAUCUACAAUCUCGCUUUCCAGGAUCUGGUCCGGCCGUGA